AUGACACGUGGAAGAUAUCAACAUCUUGCACCGCCAUCGAAAGUGACUAAAGUAAAUCGUCUUCGCUUCUUUGGUCAUAUAUUAAGGAGACCGACAGAUCGCCUUCUUCAACGAGUUCUGAGGAGUUCGUCGAGUUCGAGCUGGAAGAAGCCACCUGGUCGAAAACGGAAGUUCUGGACUGAGGUGGUGAAAGAGAACCUGAGCACACUCAGCGUGGAUGGGCAGUUCAGGCGAAAUAUAAGCUUUUGCAGGAUAUGGAAUAGCGACGAAUGGAUUGAUUCUAUGCAAGCUCUCGCAGAAGAUCGAAAAGAUUGGGCAGAGCUGUGUUCAAGGACGGCACACCUCGGCGAAGAUGCGGGUAAUCGCGUCAAGCGAUGA